AUUAAAAAAAAAGCUAGAAAUUUUUACUUGUUUAAUACAUAGAAUGAACAAAUGAGCAAAAAGCUUGGCUUUAGAAAGGCCUUGGAAAGUAUACUAAAGAAAUCACAAGUUGCUGCAAAGAAGAAAGCAAUCAGCAUAUUUACAGCUAUGUCAGUAGCUCAUGUUGAUGACGAAGAACCGAUCCCCGGUGAAGUUUGCCAUGUCGAAAAGGCCCUUCCAAAAGGUGAAUUUUAUAUAGGCCAAUGGAGUGGUAAUUUGCCUCAUGGGGAUGGGAAGUAUUUAUGGCCUGAUGGAUGCAUGUACGUUGGUGAAUGGUUUAAAGGGAAAAUGAUGGGGAAUGGCAAGUUCUGUUGGUCUUCAGGUGCUACCUAUGAUGGCGAGUUCAAGAGUGGUUACAUGGAUGGCAAUGGGACUUAUUCCGGUUUUUCAGGAGAUACUUACAAAGGGUCUUGGGUUAUGAACUUAAAACAAGGAGAAGGUAUUCACAGUUAUGCCAACGGGGAUCGCUACGAAGGCGAAUGGUGCGGCGGAUCGCAAGACGGACGCGGGAAGUACCUCUGGAAGAACGGGAACAAUUACGUCGGUGAAUGGAAGAAUGGAAUGAUGAAUGGCAAUGGAACAAUGGUUUGGAGCAAUGGGAACAGAUAUGAUGGUUCUUGGGAAGAUGGUUUCCCUAAAGGAAAUGGGACUUUUAGAAGGCCUGAUGGUAGCUGUUAUGUUGGCAUGUGGAGUAGAGAUGGUAAGGAUCAAAACGGAACUUACUAUCCGUCUGGUUCACUAACCGAUAGUCUCGAUUGGGAUCCUCAGCGAGUGUUAUCAGAGGAUUUGAAAGACUGCACUAUAUGUCCUGGUGAGAAAGUGUCAAUCUUGCCAUCACAGAAGAUACCAAAUUGGUCUGCAAUGGCUGUAAAGAAAGAAGGGAAGGGAAGGAGAUUGUCAAAGCUACAUAGCCGUAGUCGUAGUUCAGACGUGUAUGAUGUUUUGGCUGCAAGUGAAGGAUGGGUUGAAGAUAGAGCAGUGAGAGCUCUUCAUGAAAAUUCAAAUACAAGAAUGUUUAGGCCACUGUUUAAGAAGACAGUGAAGAAGCAAGGCCAAACAAUAUCGAAAGGCCAUAAGAAUUAUGGUCUCAUGCUCAAUUUGCAGCUAGGUAUCAGACACUCUGUUGGAAGGCCUGGUCCAGCUAUAUCCCUUGAUCUAAAGCCAUCGGCUUUCGACCCGAAAGAAAAAGUAUGGACUAAAUUUCCACCCGAAGGAUCAAAGCACACUCCGCCGCAUCAAUCUUAUGAUUUCAAGUGGAAGGAUUACUGUCCACUUGUAUUCAGGACCCUUAGGAAAUUGUUCAACGUGGAUGCAGCUGAUUACAUGCUUUCGAUAUGCGGGAACGAUGCCCUCCGGGAACUAUCAUCCCCCGGAAAAAGUGGGAUGUUCUUUUACUUGACCAACGAUGACAGAUACAUGAUAAAGACGAUGAAAAAGGCCGAAGGAAAAGUUCUCAUAAGGAUGCUCCCGGCCUAUUAUAAUCAUGUCCGGUCGUUCCCGAACACUCUAGUCACCAAAUUUUAUGGUCUUCAUUGUGUGAAACAACUUGCUGGGUCUGCGCAGAAAAAGGUACGCUUUGUUAUAAUGGAGAAUCUAUUCUGCACUCACUAUGUCAUUCAUAGGCGUUUUGACUUGAAAGGCUCUUCACAUGGUCGCACAACCUGCAAACCUGAAUCAGAAGUUGAUACGACAACAACUCUCAAGGACCUUGAUCUCAAUUAUAUAUUUCGGUUGCAGAAACUAUGGUUCCAAGAGUUUUGCAGGCAAGUCGACCGAGAUUGUGACUUUCUUGAACAGGAGAGAAUUAUGGACUACAGUCUGCUGAUUGGUUUUCAUUUUCGAGAAGCUUUCUCGCCUUGUCCUUCCGAUGUUCCCUCACAAAAGACGAAAGAAAACUCGAACUCGAUUUCGAGGGCAAACAGAGUUAAUGGAUCUAAAGGGUUACAUGUCCUAUAUGUGACGAUCUUUCAAUAUGACAGCUGCAGGUGGUCUUCCAUUAGAUUGGGCAUAAAUAUGCCUGCUCGGGUGGAGAAGACCGUGAGGAAAAUGGAUUGCGAAGCUCAGCUAGUCGGAGAGCCCACCGGCGAAUUCUAUGAUGUUAUACUCUUCUUCGGUAUAAUCGACAUUCUACAAGACUACGAUAUCACCAAGAAGCUCGAGCAUGCGUACAAGUCGAUGCAGUAUGAUCCGACAUCCAUAUCAGCUGUAGAUCCAAAGCAAUAUUCAAAACGCUUUCGGGAUUUCAUUUUCAAAGUUUUCGUAGAGGACACUUGAGAAAAUAGUUAGAUUUCGACGAGAUUUCAACGACGAAAGACGGUGUCCAUUCACGCACAUUCAUUAAUUUUUUUUUCUGGAGAUUUGAGUCAAACGCAGAAGAUUAUUACUUCCGUCAUUCACAUGACUAAGGAGGAUGAUCAAUGGCAGAGCCGGACACGGUUUCGUAAUUCAGGGAUAGUUUCUCAGUACAAUUUCUUCAUCUCAAUCACUUUACAGUUGAAGAUAUAAGAUAGGUUAUAGCGAAGUU